GAAAAAGAGAGGGAAUAUCCAAAGGCAUAUGACAAUGGAGGAUAGGAAUAUUCUACGUGGAGAUUCAAUCCCGUUUAGGUCAUUCUCCUUCCCUGUCCUUUCUUCGAUCUUCAUUGUCCUCCUCCAUAUAUACCCUUCUCCUCCAAAGCCUUUCUAUACCCAUCAAAAUCUCUAAAUUUCAUUUUAUAUCUUUCUCGAUCUUCUCUCUCUGCAACAAAAAUGGCUCUAAAAGCUGUCCAUGUCUCCGAUGUGCCAAAUCUCGAUCAGGUCCCUGACAAUGCUUCCCUUUCUCUCUACUCCACCCGCUUCUCCAAAGGGGUGGAACUGAAUCGGGUUUCCUAUAAAGCACCCAAGUUUAUGGUAAUAGGCCAUAGAGGGAAUGGAAUGAAUGUGUUGACGUCGACGGACCUAAGAAUGAAAGCUGUUAAAGAGAACUCUAUAAUGUCAUUUAACACCGCUGCGAAAUUCCCAGUUGAUUUCAUUGAAUUUGACGUUCAGGUGACCAAAGAUGGCUGCCCAGUCAUUUUCCAUGACAACUUCAUCCUCUCUGAAGAAAACGGUACCAUUUUUGAGAAGAGAAUGACAGAGCUAUGCCUAUCUGAAUUUCUCUGCUAUGGUCCCCAAAAAGAAGAAGGGAAGUUGGGAAAAUCUCUGCUAAGAAAAACAAAAGAUGGGAAAAUUGUUAAUUGGAAUGUGGAAAAAGAUGACUCUCUUUGCACUUUGCAAGAUGCAUUUCAACGAGUGGAGCCUUCUUUGGGAUUUAACAUUGAAUUAAAAUUUGAUGAUCACAUUGUCUACCAACAAGACUAUCUAAUCCAUGUCCUUCAAGCCAUCUUGCAGGUGGUGUCUGAAUAUGCUCGGGAUAGACCCAUUAUCUUCUCAUCCUUCCAACCUGACGCUGCAGUUAUUGUUAGAAAACUGCAGGGCACCUACCCUGUUUUCUUUUUGACAAAUGGUGGAACUGAAACUUUUUAUGAUGUGAGGAGGAACUCUCUAGAGGAGGCUAUAAAGGUGUGCAUAGAAGGUGGUUUGCAUGGUAUUGUAUCAGAGGUCAAAGGAGUUUUUAGAAAUCCUGCGGCUGUCUCAAAAAUCAAAGAAGCCAAGCUUUCACUUCUAACCUAUGGAAAAUUGAAUAAUGUGGCUGAAGCAGUUUACAUGCAACAUUUGAUGGGUAUAGACGGAGUGAUAGUUGAUUUGGUGAAGGAGAUAACUGAUGCUGUAUCUGAUAUGAUAAAUCCAUCUGAUGAUAAGGAGGAUUGUUUGGCAGAAGGGGAUGGAAAGGUGAAAUCAAAUCCUCAAUUCUCACAGAAAGAGCUUUCAUUUCUUUUGAAGCUAAUUCCACAAUUGAUACAGGAAUGAGCAAAAUACAAUACUAUUGACAGUACAAUAUGUACACUAUAGUUUCUCAGAUUUUGAGUCUCCCCUCCUCCUUUUAAUGGCUUGUACAUACUGUAACUGUAGCACCCAGUUGGGAAGUAAAACAUACAUUCUUCCCCUUCAAGGGAAGGAAAAGGAAGAAAGGGGCACACUUAUUGUUGCAUCA